AUGGGGUAUAAUAUGUCUGAUGGGGAGUAUGAUCCUAUCCCAGUUCCCGUAGUUCUAAGAGCAUCUACGAUGGGAUGCUAUCAAGAUUCAAACCCAGUUUCAACAAUUGUGCAGCUCAGCUUUGGGGAUCGCCUUGGAGCUCUCAUUGACACGAUGAAGGCGUUGAAAGAUUUAAGUUUAGAUGUCUCGAAGGGUACUGUUUCUACUGAAGGAGCUGUCAAGCAGACGAAAUUAUUCAUAACACGACUUGAUUCUGGGCGAAAAGUUGAGGAUCCUGAUAUGCUGGAGAUGAUCCGCCUUACCAUCAUUGACAAUCUACUGAAGUACCAUCCAGAAUCUAGUGAACGACUUGCAAGGGGAGAAGCUUUCGGUGUCAAAGCUCCAGUGGCAAAGGUGAUAAUCUUGAAAAGCCUAAUCUUUCUGCUCUGAUACUCAAUCUGUAGC